AUGGCGAAAAAACCGAGAAUCUUCAGCAUCGCAGAGCUUAUCCAUGGCGGCCGUCCUCUCACCGGCGCCGACUCUCUCGACUCAGACCUCCGACGCCCUUCAAUUUCUCCCCAAUCAUCACUUUCCAACCAAUCCACACGCCCUAUUCCUUCCAACUCCACUUCUAACCCUAACCCUAGAAUUCUCACUCCUCUCAAUUAUCCUGCCAUUAUCGAUGGAAACUUAACCCUCCCAGCCGUUUCGGAUGGCGCCUCUUCUUCUAACUCUAGCAUUCGGUGCUUCUGCAACAGUUGCUUCCAGUUUUCAGAUGGUUCGGCUACUAUUUGUUGCGACAUUCUUGACCUCGAUCCAUUCAUCAUCGGAAAGAAAAUCCGUGUUCUUGCUUGGAAUUUCAUUCCUAUUAAGCGUGUCGGUGGGUUCUUGGAGAUUAUCCGGUGGAGUUUCCCGGACUCCGAGAAUGGUCGUCCUCGGUGUUUGGACGGGGACUCUUUUCCGUUAGCUCCGAGCUCUUCCCGUGGCUGUGAGAAUAGUUCCAAGUCUCGCUAUCGUCUUCACGGCUCACUGGAGUCGGUUAGCCCGAUUUCUGUGAAUCCCUGCACGUCCGGCGAUAGCAACUCGCGGAGCACCACGGGUUCUAAUUUAAAACCAUCUUUUAAUAUUCGAGGUUUUUUGGUUCGAAUUUUGGUCUGUGAGUGCAGAUUAUGCAAUUCUAAGGAGUCCUUUACCAUAUUGAAUUGCUCGGUUCAAGAGCAGAAUGCUCAUAAUUUUACCAAGCCCGUUAUCGUGUAUUUUUGCGUGUCAGCUUCAUCUUGGCACCCUGUGAUUGUGAAACUUAUCGGCAAAGUUGUGACUAUAUCAGGCUUGAAAAAGAAGUUAGUUUAUAUAGGAAAUGAAGAGUCCAUUUUAAUGUAUGUUACUUCGGAGAAGUCUUAUCUACAUGUUCCCAGAUUUCAGGAGAAAUUUGUUCCUGGUAACCAAACUUAUGUAGAGGGGAAAGGAGAAUGUGGUUCUUAUACUGGCAUAGUGAAAGGUGUAUAUAUGCAAGGGAUGGUCGUUGAGCUUGACCAUGAAGUGUGGCUUUUGUUAACCAGCCAUUUGUUUACUGCACCGCAUAGUCUCAGGAUUGGCGCUCUUAUAUCUGUGAAGAAUGUUCAUUUUGUGAAUCCAAAAUUUUCUUGGACGAAGAUGCUUAUACUUGGUGCUUGCUACAAGACUAGCAUCACUAUCGAAUGCUUCUCUCCAUUCGUUACUGGGUGUCACAUACUUUCAGAUUCAAGAAGUGUCAUGGGGAACUUUAUUGAGUCUUUAACCUUUUCUGCCAGAUUAUGGGUGUUGCUUCUCGUGUCAUGUUUCCGGAAAAAGUUUGCUGGUAUAUUAUCUGAGAAGGAGAUAUUGGGAUCAAAACAUAGGGAAGGACUGGUUCAGAUCUAUGCCAAUUCACAAUUACCUUCAUCAAUGUUUCUAUCUUCAGUGAAUAAGCAUGGAAUAUUUAUGUUGCUGUGCAAGCAUGAUUCAUGUGGUUGUGAAGGACGCAGUGGUAACCUGAUGUUGAUUGUGCCUAUAGUUACCUUCAUCAACCAUUGUCAUGCCAAAUGGAUGAGAAUGAUACAAUUGGAACAUGAUAAAACAUUGCAAAAGGAGAACCUAUACAGUCUUCUCUUAUGUGAAGGGAGACCUUAUGAUCAGUCAAUUAGAAAGAUUUUCUCAAGUGAAGAUAUAGGCAUCGUCUUAAUUGGAAAUCUGAAGAUUUCUCCAACUUCUGGAAGAUUGCAGUUGGUUGAUGCCACUGGUAGAAUUGAUGUUAUUGUACCGGAUCUUCCAUCAACCUGGAAUUCCAACAGUAUAUUUGAGGUAGUCGACUAUAAUCUUAUUAUUGAAGGCAUGCCCAGACUGGCAGAUAAUCUGGAAUUGCUCGACAAGUGUUUCUCAUGUAGAAGUAUAUUUAACUUUAUUCCUUUAGCAAGGGAUGAAAACUUGACGGUUUAUGUUUACUUUCACCUGCGGAAUACUGCUUGCAGAAACGUUUCCUUUUAUCCUCGCAUUGAAUUUGGAGAAGAUUUGGAGAGACUUGAAAGUCAAACUUAUCAUAUGCUUCAAGUAACGCAUAAAUUUCCUGCACUAGAAAAGUUUCAAGGUGACACAGCUAUGUCAGAUCCACCAAGCAUGUUUGCCGAGGCUGUUAUUCUUUCUUGGAAUUUAUCUGUUGCCAGAAAAGAUGGAUUUGUGCAUGCAACUAAGAAUUCAGGAGAUCAGCCGAAGAAGUGCAUGGAACAUUGUAAUGGAAAAAAUGAUCAAGAACAUAUUUCAAAAAGACGUAAAGUUGAUCAUGCAUCAAGCAGGGAAUUGUCAGGUUUAGUAGAUAUUCCUCAUAAUGCUGAGCGACUGAGGACUUGCUCUAAUUCUGAUGUUGAACCCAGUGGGAAACACAGCUGCUGCAACUGCACUUCUCAUGAGAUUCCUGCUUCUGCGACCAUUAAAGUAGCUAAAAAUCAGAGUGUCGUUCGUUCAGUCAUCUUGAAUUACUCAGGAUCCAAUUUAAAUGGCCAUGGCCUUUGCAGACGAAGCUCACAUAAGGUAUUCCUGGAGUUUAAGCCUGAAAACUUUCAUAUAUAUCAGCUGUUGCAGAUUGGUUGCUAUUACAUUACAGAGCAUUAUAAAGAAGAUUCUUUCUGUAAUUUUAAGGAUUCUGAUUAUGUCAGUGGUGUUAAAGUUCUUGCUUCGUCUAAACUGCAUCUCUGGAGCCUUUCAUUAACUCCUGAUGAUGUUCUUCCACCUACUAAUUUAGCAAACUGUCCUCCGUCAGAUAAUUCUUGUCACAUUGGUGGUGACGUGGUUUCUUCUGAGGCUUACAAUGAGUUAUGUCUCCAGAUGCCAAAUCGUGAUUGUUUAGAAUCCUGUUCAGAUGUUUCUCUCUGCCUGCCUGCAAAUAUGAGAGAUAUUUUGGAGGUGAACAUGAGUGAACUGGAAGAGCGCUUGAUUAAACCAGCUGUGAGACCUGAAGGAAUUGCUGAAUUAUUUUCAUGCAUCGGGGAUGUGGCAUCUGCUCCUCUCUUGCCCAAUAUUAAUUUCUUGUUACCCGAAGGAAAUUUAGUAUCUUUGCGAGGUCAUGUGGUUACCGUACAUGGUGUCGACAUGCAUGGAAACAGCCAAAAUCAUGGUGAUCCUCUCGGGUCAAGAUUGUUUAGCGGAGUUGCAACCACUUCUUGUUUUCAUGUCAUGGUGGAACAUCAAAUUGUGAAGGUAGUCGGUUCUUUGAGCAAACAUGUUUUUCCUCCUGGCUUUGGGCCUGGUGUAGAUGCAACCUUUCAUCGAGUUCUUGAAUUGCGGAGCCAGAAUAAAUGGAUGCUGACACCUGUAUCGUUCAUUGUAAUUCAUUCCAUAAAGACAGUGAAC